AUGGUGGAUGUGAAGUGUCUGAGUGACGAUGAAUUACAGAACGAACUUGACAAGUUUGGAUUUUCACCUGGCCCAAUACUACCUUCCACCAGAAAAGUGAAGGAAAAGAAGUUAGUGCAAUUGUUGGUCUCAACUCCCUGUGCAUCACCCGAGAUGAACGGACCCAGAGAACUGGACAGAGCUCAGGACUAUGAUGACAGUGAAGGUACCAUCAGAAGCUGUACUGCCGGGCGCAGCCAGGGCUUCUGUAAAGAGGUCAGGGCUCGCUUCGCCGCGGGGCGCACGCAGGUUCCUGCACAGGUGUGGCGGCUGAUGGUGGGGAUGUGCGUGGAGCCGGCUCGCCGGCCUCCCCCCAACCCCACCCUCCGGCGGCGGCUCCGCUUCUCCUUCCUGCUGCUCAUUUAUUCUCCUCUUCUGGGUGUGUGA